UUUCAUCAAUUUUGUAAUGAACAAGAUAUACCCAAGUCAGCAUGCAUGCCGGCCUCAGUCUUCUUGCUAUCAGCCUUUGUUGCAUGGGCAUCUACUAAAAAUAUCAUUGCAAAAACCAUUGGAGCUUGGCUCACCAGCAUUCAUGGAUGGCAUACCUUGCAUGGCACCCCCUGGAAUGGCGGCAAUGACUUUGUCUCACUCAUAAAAUCUUCUGCAUUCAAGACAGCAACUGGCUCCCCCCAUCCUAAAUGCCAUCUAGUCACCAUUGAACAUCUGCUUGCUCUGCAGUCACAUCUCAACUUCAAGGAUUCAUUCGACAUUGCAGUAUUUGCAGUUGCACUCUGCGCUUUUUGGGGAUGUUGCCAUCUCAGCAAACUUACCAUCUCAUCUUGCAACUCUUUCGAUCCCCACUUGCAUGUCUCCAAGUCAACACCUAUCUCAUUCAAGGACCACUUGGGUGGGGCAUCUUCAGCACAGUUUCAUAUUCCCUGGGGAAAAAUGGAGAGACAGGAGGGGACAGAUCUCAUCUUCACAGCUCGUGAGACUCUUUGCCUGGUCAAGGCUCUCUGUGCACACCUCACAGCUAACAAGGCCACUCCAGAUAAUGCGCCAUUAUUUGCAUUCUGCACAGCUAAUGGCUCCUGGGCACCCAUGGUCAAGCAAUGGUUUCUAGACAGGUGUCGGGAGAUCUGGAUACUGCUAAACUGUGAUCAUGGACAUAGUCACAGCUUCAGACCAGAAGGUGCAACUGAACUACUGCUUGCAGGUGUUCCCCCUGAGAUGGUGGUCAAGCUUGGCAGAUGGAAGUCGCUAGCCUUUCUCAUCUAUUGGAGGAAGCUUGAAGACCUCAUUCCCUCUAUGAUAUCCAAGUCUUACAGUCCUUCUCACUUAGUCAAUCUACAAGCUGCCUUUGAAUCAUUUUGUAUUGCUCAUAAACUCCCAGAUAAGAUCAUACUGUAA